ACAAGUUUGUUCAGGCACGUCAUAGCCACCCCACCUCUCACAGGACCCAUCACAGCAACAUGGCGACAUCCGGGUCGAAGUCGGUUUUGUUCGUUUGCUUGGGAAAUAUCUGCAGAUCCCCCAUAGCUGAAGCAGUCUUCAGGAAGAUGGCAACCGAUGCUGGCGUUGUUGAUAAGUGGGUGAUAGACAGUGGUGCCACAUCCGACUGGAAUAUAGGCAGCUCACCAGACGCCCGCGGUUUGGCCUGUCUAAGGAAGAAUGGAAUUGAGACGAGCCACAGGGCCCGACAGGUGACGAAGGACGACUUCAUGAGCUUUGAGUACAUUCUCUGCAUGGACGACAGCAAUAUGAGUGAGUUGGAGAGGAGGGCUAAACAGGUGAAAAACUACCAAGCAAAGAUUGAGCUUCUUGGUUCAUAUGACCCUGAGAAGCAGAGGAUCAUCAAAGACCCGUAUUAUGGGAGUGACGAAGACUUUGAGAAGGUGUACCAACAAUGUCUGCGUUGCUGCAAAGCAUUCCUGGAAAAUAACUCCUAACUUCAUCCCUAAAUGAUCUUUCCUUAAACUGUCAUAUGAACCAGAAAAAUCAACAAUAUAUUCUUCGGCUGUAUCACACAACAUCGUAUCUGCAUAAUUGUCUUGUGGAUGUUGGUAAAAGAACCAGAAUACUUUGUUUCAAUGUUUGUUAUUUGGUACAAAGUACACAAUGUGCACUUUUUGCAAGAUGCUGCAUGGACAUGUUCGUCAACUGUAAAAUUCAGGAGAUCAAUAAAAUAGAAAGAAAAUGAGACAA